AUGAAUUCAUCUGAAGAUGCCCAGGCCCUUGAACGGCGCUUCAACGAGGCCCAUAAGAACUUCACAGCCACUUUGAAGAGCGUCCUCCACACGCUACAACAUGAUGGCUUCAGCAUGGAGAAUUGUUGGCAAGUCUGCGACCAACUCGAUCUUCUUGAUUCCCUACUAGGUGAUAUGGAGGAACUUGGUCCGGAGAUGGCAUUGGAUGUUCCGCCUCGUGCCCUCUUGCGCGGAUUACCUAGAUGCUACUUCCUGAACUAUAAAUUCCAGUUUGAUUGCCUUUGUGUUCAGACUGGCUUGGAUGAUAUUCGAGGUAUUUUGGCCGAGUGCUUUUACGACGACUGUGCUGAGGUUGCCUGUAUGGGGUUGGAAGGUCUCUUAGCCAGACUUCCAUUCUAG